AUGGUUCUUGAUCGACUCCAGCAGUUGACCCAUCAGGUCACUGCGACAGCUGCACCCCCUCAUCCUCUUGAUCCUCUCUCUUCAGCAGAGAUUGAUGCUGUGGUCGCCAUUAUCCGAAAGGAAUAUGGCUCGCUCAACUUCAACGCGGUCACUCUUUAUGAGCCCCGAAAGGCCGAGAUGAUGGCCUGGGUGGCAAACCCAGAGACUGCCCCUCGCCCAGUACGAAAGGCCGAUAUAGUUGCCAUUGCGCCUGGCGGCAAGGUUUACGAUGGUGUGGUUGAUCUCGAGAACAACAAGAUCGAGGAGUGGAAGCAUACUCCUGAUGUGCAGCCUUUGAUUACUAUGGAGGACCUGCAGGAGGUGGAGCAUGUUGUGCGCAAGGACCCCAAGGUUAUUGAACAGUGUGGCAUCAUUGGUAUCCCCCCAGAGGAUAUGCACAAAGUGUACUGCGAUCCAUGGACGAUUGGCUACGAUGAGCGCUUUGGCAGUGGUGUCCGUCUGCAGCAGGCCCUCAUGUACUACCGACCCCACCCCGAUGACUCGCAAUAUACCUAUCCUCUCGACUUCUGCCCUAUUUACAACGCGGAGACCAAGGAGAUUAUUCACAUUGAUGUGCCUCCCGUGCGCCGACCCAUCAACAAGGCGCCCCCGAACAACUACCACCCAGCCUCCAUCGAGCAGGAGGGCGGCUUCCGGAAAGAUAUCAAGCCUAUUCACAUCACUCAGCCCGAGGGUGUGUCAUUCGAGGUCAAGGGACGGACUAUCGAAUGGCAGAAUUGGAACAUCCACGUCGGCUUCAACUACCGUGAAGGUAUUGUCCUGAACAACAUUACAUUCAACGACAAGGGCAAUGUUCGACCUGUUUUCUGGCGUCUCUCGUUGGCAGAGAUGGUUGUUCCUUACGGAAACCCCGAGCACCCUCACCAGCGGAAGCAUGCCUUUGAUCUUGGUGAAUACGGCGGUGGUUACAUGACCAACAGUCUGGCUCUUGGCUGCGAUUGCAAGGGUGCUAUUCAUUACAUGGAUGCCUCGUUCGUCAACCGAGCCGGUGCUUCCACCGUCAUCAAGAACGCCAUCUGCAUUCACGAGGAGGAUGCCGGUAUCCUCUUCAAGCACACUGAUUUCCGUGACGAGUCCAUCGUGGUGACUCGCGGUCGCAAGCUGAUCAUCUCGCACAUCUUCACUGCUGCCAACUACGAAUACUGCGUGUACUGGAUCUUCCACCAGGAUGGCACCGUCCAGUUAGAGAUCAAGCUGACUGGUAUCCUCAACACCUACGCCAUGAACCCUGGUGAGGACACCAAGGGUUGGGGCACUGAGGUUUACCCUGGUGUCAACGCACACAACCACCAGCAUCUCUUCUGCCUGCGCGUGGAUCCUAACAUCGACGGUCCCAACAACACAGCCUUCCAGGUAGACGCUGUCCGUGGUCCGGGUGAAGUUGGCAGUGCCGAGAACAAGUACGGCAACGCCUUCUACGCAAAGAAGACCAAAUUCAGCACCCCUCGCGAAGCCAUGUCCGACUACGACGGUUCCACCAGCCGUACCUGGGAUAUGGCGAACACCAACAAGCUCAACCCAUACAGCAAAAAGCCCGUCUCCUACAAGCUUGUUAGCCGAGACGUGCCUCCCCUCCUCCCCAAGGAAGGCGGCCUCGUCUGGAAGCGCGCCGGCUUCGCGCGUCACGCGGUCCACGUCACUAGAUACUCCGACGACGAAAUUCACCCCGCGGGCCGCCACGUUCCACAAACUUCCGGCGAACCUUCGCAGGGUCUGCCCGCGUGGAUUGAGUCUGCAGGCUCCGACUGCUCAAUUGACAACACGGAUAUUGUCCUCUGGCAUACAUUCGGUCUUACUCACUUCCCCUCGCCUGAGGACUAUCCCAUCAUGCCGGCUGAGCCUAUGACAUUGCUCCUCCGUCCUCGCAACUUCUUCGACCGUAACCCUGUCCUUGAUGUCCCUCCUAGCUAUUCGCGGACACCGACACAGAUCGCCUCUGGUGCGGGUGCUUGUGGGUGCAAGAAGAGCGAUGGGUCUAGUGUUUUGGUUUAA